UUUACUCAGUGUGUGUGUGUGUGUAGCAGGUCGCUAAUAGGAACCAUAUGAAACUCCAAAAAGUUGCUGAGUCAUGGACCAAAGAGUAGGUAGGUGGGGGUUCAGGAGCAGUUCCUAUUGGCUGCUGCAGGAUAAGGAGGAUGUAGAAAAACUCUGAACUGUGUGUAAACUAGAGGCAAAGAGACAAAAAAAGACAUGGCAACCCAAACCAAGCCUAUUCUUCAUGGAUACUUCAGAAGCUCCUGCUCCUGGAGGGUUCGCAUCGCUUUUGCGCUCAAAGGAAUCGAAUACGACCAGGCUCCAGUCAAUCUAAUCAAAGAUGGAGGUCAGCAGCGUACGCAGGAGUACAAAGCGUUAAACCCCAUGCAACAAGUGCCUGCAUUGGAAAUCGAUGGCAUCACCCUCUCUCAGUCGCUGGCAGUGAUCCAGUACAUUGAUGAAACCAGGCCGGGACCACUGCUACUGCCAGCUGACCCGAAGAAACGUGCCCAGGUCCGGAUGAUAAGUGACCUCAUUGCCUCUGGGAUACAACCACUGCAGAACCUGUACGUCAUCCAGAAAAUCGGAGCAGAGAAGGUGCAGUGGGCUCAGCACUUUAUCGAUCGCGGAUUCCAAGCUCUGGAGCCCAUUCUAAAGCAAACAGCUGGAAAAUACUGUGUAGGCGACGAGAUAUCCAUGGCUGACAUCUGCUUGGUCCCACAAGUCUACAAUGCAGAGAGGUUCAAAGUGGAUGUUGAGCAGUACCCAACUAUCAAAAGGUUAAAUCAAACCUUAACUGAAAUUGAGGCUUUCAAAUUGAGCCACCCGUCCUGCCAACCAGACACGCCUCCAGAUCUGCGUGCAUAAAACAGCAGCUCGGCAGCCACUUCAUAUAUAUGUUCUUUAAUAAACUACUUUGAAAAAUAA